UUUCGAUGAUCCCAUUUUAUGGUAUAAAUACGCUCAGCGAUUUGGACCAAGACAUCAUUGGGUUCAAUACCUACGACACAGUAACAUCUUCAGUCAGUUCGCAUAGUUCGAUUCUACGAAGGACUUAAGCUACAGCAUGAAACUCUUCAUUGGCGCACUCACCCUCUGCCUGGUGGCAAUUGCUGCCUCUCAAUCCGCUGAUCCCGCUGUUCAGGAUCCCUCAGCUGAGUACUUGCCCCCGGUUGGGGAUGCUGAGGCCGCAGCGCUGUCAGAGGAUGGUUAUCGGUACAAGACGGUGCGUCGUUUGAGGCUGCGUCAUCGCCGUGAGGUGCCCAGCCAGGAGUAUCUGCCACCCACCCAAGAGUACCUGCCACCCGUUGAUGCCGUUGAGGCUGCUGAUACCAAGGUUGCCGAUGACGGUUACCGUUACAAGACCGUGCGCAAGCUCAAGUUCCGUGCCCGUCACCGUCGUGAUGUCUCUGAGAUUGCUGAGCCCUCAGGCGAGUAUCUGCCACCCGUUGAGGUAGAGCUUGCCCCUGAGCUGAAGACCGUGUUGGGUGCCGAUGGUUACCGUUACAAGACCGUUCGCAAGCUCAAGUUCCGUCGUCAUCGUCGUGAGGCCGAAGCUGCUGAGGAAGCUGUCGCCGCUGAGGCAACCAACGGUGAAUACUUGCCCCCUGUUGAGGCACCCGCUGCAGAGGCUGCUGAAGUCAAGGCCGCCGAUGAGGCUACUGAGGUCGGCAAGGAUGGUUACCGUUACAAGACCGUGCGUCGCAUCCGUUACCGUUACCGUCAUUAAGCUGCAGAUACCCGAACUUAGGCAUAUUGAACCAAAUUGAUCCUGAUAGUACACAGAGUUAAUCAGCCCAGUCACCUGGAGAACUUCCCAUUUUGGUUAGUUUCCCCACUUGGCUGAUGCUCGAUACGAUACCUUGCCCCAUUUUUAUUCAAUUUUAUGUGUAGUUUUCCAUCUGUCCCCUCCGAAGCAUAAGGAAUAAUAAAGUUUAUUCACAAAAA